GGUUGCGAGUUCGAUUCCUGUCAUUAGCAAAAAGCUUUUCGGUUUAUCAUAAUAAAAGAAGUAAGUACGUCACUCAACGAACGAUAUAUAGGGCCAGGCCACUACCUAACCACCAGCUUGUUUGUUUGUCCUAAAAAAUACAACAGCCAGAUACAACAGCCAGAUGAAAAACCAGUCUUCUUUUUUGCAUUCUAUAUUUUACUUAGAGAUUUGACGAUCAUUUUAUAGACUCUUGUGCAUGGAUACGAACAUAAACAGUAUAGUACAAGACAAGCAGAAAAGCGCUGGAUAAAAGUUCCAUGAUGUCAUCAUCACCUCCGCCCAAGGAAACCGCCCACCACCCUGCGGAGACCCCCCACGAUGAUCCUCGAUUGUCCUAUCUCCUCACCUGUACCCCCCACCCUACCGUCUCAUGUCUACUCACCUCCUCACUGACGGAGAUACCUCCUCCCCCUAUUACCACUAACUUACCACCUGCUGGGUCCACUACAAGCCUCGGCUCUGAUCAUGGUUUUGUGAUCAAGGACCGCUGGUUAGGGAGACCAACAGGCAGACUCUUGCUAAUCAAUGGUCCAUGCUCCUGUUUACAUCUACACCCUAAUACGCCACUGUCAAGAUGGGGCGAUAGCGUGGCUAUGGAGACAUCACUGUCUGAGCAUUUAGUACAUUCACACAGAUCACCAUUGUCAAAGGCCAACUCAAAGCAGGGAAUUGCUAAAUCAUCCAGUACUAGUAAAAUUGAUACAUUUGGACGACUAUAUAAAGGACACCCUUACGAGAAAACGGACAUACCGUUUCAUUUCCAACACUUGGAGGCUGCAGAUAUGGCGACGGACUACGCUGCUUUGUAUAGGAAGGCGUACACGUACCCUACAAUGGAGGACACCAACGCUGCCAGUGAUUAUACGAGCUACUCUGCACCUUCUGUGAUAGAACCAAAACUGCUUACGUUUGGUGUGAGCAAACCAAAAGUGGCCGAGUCAACGCACAAAACAUCUAAGUACUACAACUUCCACCAUAUGGACAAGAAGCCUUCCUCCACACAACUUAUGGACAAGAAGACGCCUCUCUCCACUCACUCUCUGGACGGCAUUGCCACACAGUCAGUGUCUAUUCUGGAGGUGUAUCAUGGUCAGACAUUAGGCAACCUCCAACUGAGUAGCCUACCGCACCCGGACACCCCUGACUCUCCUCCUACCAGUCACCACACCCCCUCUCACGAGCACACAAACUCCUAUUCUGUGCAGUUGAAGGAUCUCAUCGAUGCAACAACAUCUCUCAAGCCUGCAAAGAAACACAAUGUCCGAUGGGCCUCUCACAAGUAUCCCACCAACCUUUCCCCCUCAGCUAGCGUGCAAGGAUUGCCAGUAGGUUACAGUGAAGCUGGUCCGACGCAUAUCGACCUGCCCAGACAAACAUGUAGAAGAGUUCCAAUGCAUCCUCCAAUGUUAACUCGGAAAAUCAGAGCCGCUUCUUUCCCACACGACAUCCCGAGUACUGGCCUGUUGGAUCUGUCUGCUACAUCGUUCACGAAGAUAACUCCCAAAGCCAAGGAGACCUUGCCCUCCAAGACACGUCACUCUCAGAACACGAAGCUAAGAAUGGACAAAGGGACCAGCUCAUCACACAGUGAUCAUGUGACCCUCGGCAUACAGAAGAAGAAUCGAUCAAAGCAGCUCAUGCCUUCAAGCAAAGCACUUGUACCAAAGCAGCUGGGCAUAUUCUCAACAACAAGUUUAGCUCAGAAAUCAAUGGACUACUUAUAAAUAACAAUACUUGAUUGUAUGACUGCUUAUUCACUUCAUCAUGUUAAAAUUAUUAAUGAUUUGUGUGCUGCUUGAAAUUACAUAAACGAGCAAUAAAA